AUGGAUCAAUCACAGUUGCCGGUCCAGUCCCCAGGGAUCGAGGCCACUCCCGGCUCGCCCCCCUGCCCGGCUGCUCAUGCUGCCCUCAUCCCCCUGCCUUCCGAGCCCGAGUGGAAGUACUACGACGUGACUCCGCCCGCAGAGUCCCCCGCCAAUCCUCUCGAGGGGUCUCCUGCUAAUAGCAGUCCUCCUCCUGACCCCCUCGUGGCCGUCAUCGGUGUUGGCUACGUGGGCGAGCACCUCGUGGACGUCUUUUCUCGCCGCUUCCACGUUACCGGCUUUGACGUUUCUGAGUCUCGUGUCAAGGAUCUCACUGCCAAGUACACCGACAACAUGAGAGUCGAGAUCACCUCGGACCCGCUUCAGCUCUCGAAAGCGACGCACUUCCUGAUCUCGGUUCCCACGCUUCUCCUGCCGGACAAGUCCGUGGACACUUCGUACCUGCGGAGUGCCCUCACCACCGUCGGCAAGCACGCUACCCGCGGUUCCACCAUCGUCUUCGAGAGCUCCGUGGCCGUCGGCAUGACCCGGAAGCUUCUGGGACCGCUCGCCGCGUCCCAGGGCUGGUAUGCCGGCAUGUCUCCGGAGCGUGUCGACCCGGGCCGCACCGAGCCCGCCGCCUACGAUAUCGCCAAAGUCAUCUCCGGCCUGGACGACGUCGUCCCCGGCUCGCUGGCUGCCAUCCAUAAGCUGUACUCGGCAGCCUUCAACAAGGUUAUCACCGUUUCCCAGCCCGAGGUGGCUGAGAUGACCAAGCUGUACGAGAACUGCCAGCGCAUGGUAAACAUUUCCUUCGCCAACGAGAUGGCCAAUGCCUGCCUUCCCUUCAAGAUCGAUCCGUACGAGGUCUGCCGCGCUGCCGCAACAAAGCCGUUUGGCUACAUGCCCUACGCGCCCGGUCUCGGAGUCGGUGGUCACUGCAUCCCGGUCAACCCGUACUACCUGCUCUCCACGAGCCACUUCCCCUUGCUCAAGGCGGCUUCGGAGGCGAUGUACGCCCGUCCCGCGGAGAUCGGUCAGAGGGCCAUUGACGCUCUGUACGCCAAUCCUGCCUCCGCCGCCGGUCUGCCUCGAAUCCUUGUCGUCGGCAUGGGCUUCAAGCGCGGCCAGUCCCAUCUGGUCAACUCGCCCGGUCUUGAGCUGGCCAAGAGCCUUGUGCUCUCUGAGAAGGUCGCUGUUUCCUUCGCGGACCCUCUCGUCACCCAGGAGGCGGUGCCACAGAUCACCCGCCUGGAUGAGGCCAACUGGACUGUCGCCUAUCUCGAGGAGAACUUCGACAUGAUCAUCGUUUCCUUCAAGCAGGACGGUCUCGACUUUGAAAUCCUUGGCCAGCUUAAGGAUUCCGUCAAGGUUCAGAUGUGGUGUGCUUAA